GCGAGAACGUGAAAACUACCAACUUGACAACGGCUUAGCGGUAAUGAUUUCUAAAUGAGUAUCUAAUGCCCGUUUCUUUUGAUGUUUGGUUAAAAAAAUGUUUUUAUUUAACUUCGAGGUUUUAUGGACUUCUGGAUGCCUCUCGCGUUGAAUCGUCCCCUUAGAGAUACAGUAUGCUAAUUCAAGCUGAAGUCUUAACAAAUUCUUAAAAGCAUCCAUGGCGUUCAUAAUUGAAAUUUCGAAAUUAGUUAUUUUUUCCCUGACAUGAAAAAAAUAACCUUUUAGAAGUAUAUUAACAGGCAUUGCCUCUCGUUUUUGUGAAAAAUUUGCGUAGAUUUCUUGUGGGUGUUAAGAGUUUUGAACGGAUUUAACAGCUAACAAAAUAAUUCGACAACAUUUUAAUAUUCAAAAGCCCUCUUGUUAGCUCAGCGAGUACAAAGCCAAUAAACCUGGGUAGAUACGUCUUAACGAGGUGGCAGGCUGGAUGGAAUUUUAAAGUAUUAUUUAAAAUUCAACGUUAGAAAGUGUAGGCAGAUGGUGAAUUAACCCAUUUCACGGGCGUUCACUAUACACUAGGAAAGGAAAAGUUCUUUAGUUUUAAGCUUUACAUUAUGACCUCAAAAUAGCAAGAGAGUAAUAAGAAAUUUCCGUUGCCAUCACACAGGAAAUGAUAAUUUUCAAAUAAUGAUUAGUAUUGAUUGGUAAGAAGUUAGAGGCAAAGAUGCAAUCUAAACCAGUUUCUGGGCUGAAUGAUUCCGCCAUGGAACCGACAGGAAAACAAACUGCGGAGAAAUCUGACGAGAAAAAAAGUGGAGCUGAAGUUACGGAGGAAGAGAAAUCAUCUCUGUUGAAUAAGGUAAACAAGGAGUUGUUGGUUCCUAAGUUAUCGUUUUUCUUCUUCUUUAUGGCGACUGGUGCGUUUCUGCCGUAUCUGGGUGUCUACUAUAAACAGCUCUGGCUGAACGCUCGCGAGUCGGGCAUUCUUCUUGGAAUUCGACCGUUCAUUAAGAUGCUUUGCUCACCGCUUUGGGGAGUCAUCACAGACGUUUGCCAAAAGCCCAAAGUUAUUCUGCUCCUGUCAAUAUUCGGCUCUAUAAUCGCUCACUGGUCGCAAAGUAUCGUUUCUCCGUUUAAUUUGCCGUGUUACCCCGAGAACAUGACGACACCUAACUAUCCGCAAGGUUCAAACACUUCGAGCGUUGCUCUCUCUGCUUUUAAAAUGAACAGUAUAGAAAAAGGCGCUGAAACCACAAUAGGCGUCAUAGGUCCAGAUCUGAAGAAAAGCCGGGAUCGGACUUAUGUUGUGUCUCCACCAUCCAACGACGAAUACUUUGAAACGAGUGAAAGAACAAGUGCACGAGCUAGAGAAGGCACAGCGGGACGAUUGCAGAAUACGAACCCAUUUUCACGGCUUGAGAUAUUUCAGAGGGAUUUUGCAGGCACCGCUGAGGAAUACGGAUCAGUUUUUCGCCGGGACACGCGGGGCUUGAGCAGAAAUGAGGAAGAGGAGAGUCGAGCUGCACAAGAAAUCUUAGCCCAACCAAGAGGACUCAUCAUCAAGAACAAACGUAAGAAGUCGCCGAAGCCGCCCGAUGAUUUCCGCGUGCGGGACAAUGCCAAGAUUUUCGUCACACUGCUAGUGAUAGUCAUUAUGGGUGAAACAGUCGCUGCACCGGCACCGAUGCUAACAGACAGCGGCACGUUAUCGCUACUCACAGGCAAAGAACAUGAGUACGGCAAGCAGAGGCUGUUCGGAUCGCUAGGGUGGGGUGCGGGGGCUUUGGUCGCGGGGUUCGUGGUUACCGCGUUCCACUCAUGCCAAUACUCAGACAAUAUCAACUACGUCCCCGUCUUCUACGUGUUCGCAUUGGCAAUGUUCCUAAACUUUGUCGUGACCUUGUUCUUCCGGUUCAAAUCAGGCGGGGAGAAGAGCGCAUGGGAUAAGUCGUACACAGAGGGCCUCAAAGUGUUCUGUAAUGUGAAGAACGCGAGCUUCAUCUUCGUACUGCUUUUCCUCGGCUUCUCACACAGUCUGCAGCUGUCGUUCUUGUUCUGGUUUCUGCAGGAUAUCGGUGGCACCCCGAUGCUCUUUACCAUGGUUAUGCUGGUGAACUCGCUCUCGGAGGUCUUUAUGUUCUUAUGGUCCACGUAUGCCGUGCAGCGCAUAGGCAAUGACGGCAUGCUGUACGUAGGCCUGGGAUGUUACGGAGUUAGAUUCCUGUUCUACUCGUAUAUUGAGCAACCCUGGUAUGUGCUACCGCUAGAGAUUCUACAAGGAGCCACUUAUGGCGGCGUGUGGACUGCGAGCGUGUCCUACGUACCGCCUAACCCAGCGUACAGUGCUACGGUGCAGGGUAUUAUUCACGGCGUGUACUGGGGCUUAGGCAUGGCUAUCGGAGGAGUCCUGGGCGGAGUACUUGUUCACACCUAUGGCGCGCGCAUAACCUUCAGGAUGGAAGCCGCUUGCGCCUUUGCCAUCCUUGUCUCGUUUUUCGUGUUGAAUAGGGUCUACUAUCGCCGGAUGGACAAUCGCUACCAACAGGUACCAACACGGGAGACAGAGGAGAACGGAGCGGCAACAAAGGCGACGAACUGAAGCUAGACAAAGGGCAGGGAGGAAUACUUGACCAAGGGUGUAAGGCGUGGCAGAUAGAAAAGGCUAGGUAAACGUAACUAGUGUAGCGGCAAAUCCAGGCAAAAAGGUGGUCGAGGAAGACAAUGUAUCCCCUCGUUUCGGGAUGGUAACCCCCCCCCUCCCACACACACACACCCUCGUAAACUCUUGGAUCCGGCAAGUUAGCACAAUGACAAUUUGUGACACAGAGCAACAGAAACUUGAUGUUAAGAAGGCUUGCUCUCGAACUCAUCAAGGCUCUUUGUAUUGUGUAGUUCCAGAGAAUAUCCAUCCCCCCAUGAAGGUGGUCGGAGGUAUGACAUGGGGGGGGGAGGAUGUUUUCUGGAACUACACAUUAUAAAUCAUUCUCUAUAAAGCUGCGAGAUACUUCGGGGUACAGGUCCGUUCCCAGGAUAUUUUCUGACACUACUUGGACUUUCCUCUGUUGUGGGGGGAGGGGGGUGCGAACGCACCACUUGCACUCCCCUGGGUACGGGGGCCAGGGGUUAUUGGAGAUGUUUAAGUGCAUCACUCUGACUACAAGACACGCAUCCCUUGUGGAGUGUUUUCAUUUGAUUAUAGGGGAAAUAUAGUUACAAUCAAUCUA